CAUUUCUCUCUCCUCUAACCCAAAUGACGUCUAGGUUCAUCAACCCGCAAAAACCUCCCCUUUUUAAUUUUAAUUUUUAUUUUUUUCUCGAACCUUCCUCCAUCUCCAGCAAAUUUCUCACCAUCGGAAGAAGUAGAAGCAGGAGAGCAGUGGAAAUUACGAAAAUGCCCUCCGGGCUCUUCGUGGAGUCGACGCUCCCCCAGCAAAGGGUCGUCGAGGGGAUCCGGUUCCCGGCCGUGCUCACCCCGGCCGAACCGGUCGACCUCGACCAGUUCGCGGCCGCGGUGGGGGCCGAAAAAGCCCGGCUCGAGUCGCUGCUCCGGUCGAGCGGGGCGAUCAUUCUCCGCGGGUUUCCGGUCCGGAGCGCGGUCGACUUCGACCGGGCCGUGGGCGCUUUCGGGUACGCGGAGCUCCCCUACGUGGGCGGCGCCGCCCCGCGCACCAACGUGGUGGGCCGGGUCUUCACCGCCAACGAGUCCCCCCCGGACCAGAAGAUCCCCUUCCACCACGAGAUGGCCCAGGUUCCGGAGUUCCCAUCCAAGCUGUUCUUCUUCUGCGAGGAGGAGCCCAAAAGUGGUGGUGAGACACCCAUCGUAUUGAGCCAUUACAUCUAUAAGAGGAUGAAGGGGAAAUUCCCAGAGUUUGUGGAGAAACUGGAGCAGCAGGGGCUAAUUUACACAAGAGUUUUAGGGGAAGGAGAUGAUCCGUCUUCGCCGAUCGGCCGCGGGUGGCAGUCCACAUUCCUCACCAAUGACAAAGCUGUGGCUGAGCAAAGGGCUGCGCGACUUGGUAUGAAGUUGGAAUGGUUGGACGACGGAGUGAAAACAAUAAUGGGUCCGAUACCCGCUGUUAAGUUCGACGAGAGCAGGGGAAGGAAGAUAUGGUUUAACAGCAUGGUAGCUGCGUACACUGGAUGGAAGGACGCCCGAAACGAUCCUCUCAAGGCUGUUACUUUCGGAGACGGGUCGCCGUUGCCGUCGGACAUCAUCGACGAAUGCCUAAAAAUCCUCGAAGAGGAGUGUGUUGCUGUUCCUUGGAAGCAGGGCGAUGUACUUUUAGUGGAUAAUUUGGCCGUUCUGCAUUCUAGGCGGUCGUUUGAACCUCCUCGGCGUAUUCUUGCUUCGCUUUGUAAAUAGAGGAUUCUUACGCUUUUGCGAGUUUUAGAGACAGCAAGAAGCUAUCUUUAUGUAUAUGUUGGCGGAUCAAAGCAUGAAUCUGCACCCCUUUUUAUUUACGAGUAUCACAAUUUGAGUAAUGUAAAGCUCAAACGCAGCAACUAUUCCUACUGUUUAUCUGGUUUAAUAAUGUCAGUAUCUUAGCAGAAUAACAUAGUUUCUGAUAGUUCAGAAUCUCAAUGUUGGUGUCUGUUCCUUUUAGCAAGAAUAGUGUAAUGUAAAGCUCAAUGCACCAAUUAUUUCUACUGUUUAUCUGGUUUAA